CAACCGACUGUGUCAUAGCAACGACACUUUGGCCUAUUAUGAUGAUGGCGAUUUCCGAUGACUGUAGGCACCACUGCUCUGCCUACUUCUCCAACUUUGCGAUUUGUUCCUGGCUUUGGAAGAGACACCACCAAGCCUUAACAUUCGGUACCCCCGGUUUCGUUCCUCAUCCGCCUACUGUCGUACCCUACUCAAUAGUGAUUCCAGGACUUCGCUGCCCGCAAGCACAAUUGGAGAGGAUGCUUGAAAUCAUGGUUGAUUAGUCCCGAUACCCGGGCUAAUACGAUUACCUGCCAUUGAAAUUCACAGGAUUGUUCCGAGCGUCUUUUAGCAAGAGGC